AAAGGCAAGUGUUGUUAUAAUAGAAGUGUUUGUCAAUAGAGUUGUGAUUAUAUUGAUUGCAACAUAAGUUUUGGGGUCCGACUUGACUCCAGACGUAUCUAUGAUUUUUGUUUUAAUAGGAGAAGCGCUGAUCAGCUUUACGACUGUUCACAACAAAUAUAUAUACGAAUCGAUGGGCAAAAUGGAUGUCUUUAUGGUUAGUGGAUGUGCUGAUGACAUGACGACGACUGGAUGUUCAUCACUACAUCGGGCGAUGCGUGUUGUUGUUGUGAUGAUGGACAGGGAUGCGAUGACCGGACUGGCCUCACACUUAGUCGUCGGGCGCCUACAUUUCUAACUACAUGUGCGACAAACAAACAAUUAAAAAGAUGAUUACAUUUAAAAUCAAACGAUGUAUUGAUUUGUUUUUUUCUCUCUUUCUCUGUGUUGUUAUCUCUCUCUAUCUCAAUGUGUUAAUUAGUAUCGAAAAAUAACUAAAUGAUAACUUAAAAUGCAAUCAUAAUCUAGUCAUUGACAACAAUCAUAUAUAAUAUGUGUGUUGAAGACAACAAUAAUUAAUUAAAUAGUCAAUGAAUUGGUUUUUUAAAAGUCAAAACAGUGUAGUAUUUAUUUUUUUCUGUGCCAUACAUACUCUUAUAAAAUAAGAUUUGAAAAUUAAUUUUUCUCAAUAAUAAUAAUAAUAAAUAAAAUAAAAUAAGUUGUGUUAAAAACUAAUAAAGCGUUGGCCGACAAGUGGUGGACCAGUUGAAUGGCAAGCAAGCAAUGACUGGCGACAAGAUUGAGGUCCAGAUAGAGAGCUCAUCCAAUGUUAGCCAAAGCGAUGCUCCGGCCAGUGAUAACAGUGUCUAUAGUGUACACCAAUCGCAACAACAGUCGCCCCAACAGACACUGCAGACCAGCCAACAGCAGAUGAAUGGCAACAACAACGAUAGGGCCAACAAUCAGACAAACAACCAAAACAAGUCGUGUUGUUUUUGCUGGUGCUGUUGCUGUUCCUGCUCAUGUUUAUCGGUUAAAAAUCAUAACAAAUCAAAGGAGAAUAAAUCACUGCAAAUGUCAUCAAUUGAGCACUAUUUCAAUGGCGAUUCCGAUCCUCCACCCACAUUAGAUGAUAUGCGUUGUUGGGGUGAAUCAUUUGAUAAGCUUAUGAAAUGUUCAGCCGGCCGUAAAGUAUUUCGUGAUUUCCUAAAAUGUGAAUACAGUGAAGAAAAUAUAUUAUUUUGGUUGGCCUGUGAGGACCUCAAGAAGGAAUCCAAUCCAGAAGUUAUCGAAGAAAAAGCACGCCUUAUAUAUGAAGACUAUAUAUCUAUAUUAUCGCCCAAAGAAGUAAGUUUAGAUUCACGGGUUAGGGAGAUAAUCAAUAAAAAUAUGGUUGAACCAAGUCCUCACACAUUUGACGAGGCACAGCUCCAGAUCUAUACAUUGAUGCACCGGGACUCUUACCCGCGUUUCAUAAACUCUCAAACAUACCGAAAAUUAGCACAAUUACCUUCCCCGACACGUAAGGGAAGUGCGGCCUAAAAAUAUAAUAAUAAUAGUAAUUUUGGGAUAGGA